AUGGAUGUAUCGGUCCGAUGGUCAAAAUACUGGAAUGUGUAUUUGUACAAGUCUGGCGAAAAGGACCUGUCAGACAAGCUCGAGGCUUUGUACGAAAAUGAGCAAUUAGGUCCACUUUUGGAAGGCAAUGACCAUUGGCAAAUUGGAAAGGGCGAGAAGGAGUCAACUUAUUUUGAAUGUUCGCUACCAACAAUUGAUCCAGAAGCAAGUGGUAGCCUACAUGAGGAAAUUAAACUAUCCCAGGAACAUGUACCUCAUGAUGGAUUGAGUAAAGGUGAAGCAGGAAUGGACAACUCUGGUGAUGAUAUGGAUCUAUCAGUGGAGGUGGAAGAAUUGCAAAUGAAAAAAUGCAAGGCAGUGUUGCUACAAGGGUUGGGGCCACAGAUUGCAGUAUUGGACCAGCUAUUGGGAACGAACGGAUAGGUCAAUGGCUAAAACCAAACUAUAGUCCUUCAAAAGGAAAUUGAAUGCGAAAACGAAAGAAGAAAAGAAAGGAUUCCCCUCUAGGAAGUGGAUAAAUGC